AUGAAAAAAACGGUGGAGAAAGUGAACAAAAACAGCUCUGAGUCUGAAUCUGGAUCUGGUUUGUCUGAGACCGAAGAGUCUUCAAGCAAUGGGGUAGGGCAGGCAAACUGCUCGGAGUCAGGCAGUGAAUAUGAGUCUGAGAUUGAGGAGGAGACAUCUAGUGGAACUGAGGAAGGAACAAAGAAAGAAAAUCCAUCCUUGACUGUGUUCAUAAAGGGUAUAAGCUACGAUCUGACUGAGUAUGAUCUGAAGAGUGAGAUGGAGAAGAUAGGGAAAGUGGCCCGAGUUGGAAUUCCGAUGACCAACGAUUACAAACGUAACAAGGGGUUUGGAUAUGUCGAGUUCUGCAAGGAAGAGGAUGUGAAGAAGGCACUGAAGCUUGACGGAACUGUUUUUCUUGGGAGAGAGGUGGUUGUGAACAUGGCGCAUCCACGAGAAAACAAGCAGAGGCACACGAUAUACAUUUCAAACAUCCCGUUUGGGUGUGACAAGAGGAAGUUGAAGAAGUAUUUUGAAGAGAUGGGAGAAGUUGUUGGGGUGUCCUUUCCUUACGACAAGGAGAAUGAUAGGCUGAAGGGGUAUGGUUUUAUUGACUUUGGAAACAAGGAGGAUUACGAGAAGGUUCUCAAGAAGAAGCUAGUUUUUGAGGACAGCUCCAUAUACCAGAGGCCUGCUUAUAAGAACAAGGAGGAUAGAAAGGACUUCAAUGGAAAGGGGCCUAGAAGAAACGAUUCUCGAUGGAAUGGGAAGAAAUAUGGGGGUGAAAGUCAGAACAGAAACAACAACAAAAAAGUUAAGUUUAACUCGGACAGUGAGGAAUAA